GAUCUCCCCCCAGAUUUGUCUAGAAAUUACCGUCACAUUUAACGGCUGUCAAAAACCCAGGACCACAGAAAUGACAGCACUACUCAUCAGCCAAUAAUAAGAACCACAAUCCGACGAAAUUUGAUCUCAUUAUUAUCAUCCUCACCCUCUUCACUACUCUCUCUCUCUCUCUCUUCUCUGCAAAAGAAGGUCUGCUCAGUGAGUACUUUAAUUUAAGGGAAAGUAAAAUUCUGAAAUUCUUGUUCAGAGCUUCUGUUAUAGAAUUGAAGAUAGAGAGAUUUUUGUGUACGAUCGAGGAGGGUCUAAAUUUCAAAUUCGACAUUUAAUAUUCAUACAUAAUUAGCUGAUUCGCAUAUAUAGAAUCUACGCUGUUGUUAUUGAUUAAAGCCUACAUGUACAUAUGGUAUAUAAGUGAGAGGAAUUGAUGGGAAGGUAUAUAUGAGGAAGUGCAAGGGAAUUGAAGAGGUGACGAUUAUGGAGGUGUCAGAUGUAGAUUUGGAAGUGCCGACGACGACGAAAAAGAGGAAGAUAUCAAGUGAUGGAGAUGUCAAGCUCAUGUCUCCUCCUCUACUUCGCUGCAGAAGUCACUCCGGAGUCGGAGAUACGCCGGCCGGAAGUUUGGUUUCUCCGUCGAGUUCGGUUAAUUUAAAUGAUGCUUCUAACUUAGAUCACGAUUUAGCGUCUUAUUGCUUAAGGAAUGGAUCAAGCGAGGAGAACAGUGUGAUAGCGUCUGCAGAAAGUAAAGAGGCGAAAUUAUCAAGCGAGCGUCAACGAACGCCGGAGAAAAUGCCGUCUGAAAAAGAGAUUGAAGAGUUUUUUGCAGCUCGCCAGAAAGCUAUACUUAAACGAUUUAGAAAAAAGUACAACUUCGACUUUGAGAAAGAGGAGCCAUUGGAAGGUCGCUACGAAUGGGUCCGAAUAGGAAGUUGAAGAUUGAAUUCGCAAGACUGACCACAACAGUAUCAAUUGCUGCUGCUUCAUUUAUUUUUGCUGGUACUACACCAAUACCUUGUUUAGGUGUUCGUGCUUUUCUUUCCUAAUAAAUAAUAAUUAUUCUUUUGCCCUUUUAAAUUGAGGGCUAGGAGUUUGGAGAUGUAGAGUUAAUAGUGGAUUAACAAUGCAGGCACCUUUCAUCCAACUUUCUUCGUCUUGAAUUCUUAUAUUAUUAA